UUGUACUACGUUGUCGUUAACAAACAACGUUAGGCGUUACUCCACUCGUUCGUUUCGUUUACUUUUACUACUACACAACCAUGCAACUAUGUUUCAUACCAAACAGUGAGGUUAUACAUUUUUGUUAUUAGGCCCACUGAAGAUAAUAUUUUACAUAGGCAUAUUGAAGUACCAAAAUAAGGUGAUCGACUCAAGGAGGCCACCAUUGGGAUACCUAUCGGAAACGAUUGCACUUGAUGAACUAUUAGUUACCAUGUCUGGAAUAUGGAUAGUAUCAGAUUUCCCUUGGGACGUGAACAAAUAUAAGAGCAAUUAUGACUCCGAACACUGGGAUCUGUGUAAAGCUUUCAUGGAAACACACAAAUCCAAGUUUCCAGAACAGAAAUUGGUACACCUUACUGAGGCUUUUUAUCAAAUGGGUGUAUAUGGAAGUAGCUAUGAUCCCAAAACUACACGCAUGGUGAAUGCUCUGGCUGUAGAAGUGCUGGAUGGUUUACUCAAGGCUCAUCCUGGUUUGAUAGUUCAUCCGUUUGACCAUCUGCAGUCUUCAGCCAUUCCUCAGACGGAGCCUGGCUCUGAAAGUCUAUCUGGCAAAGUCAUGAAGGAGCUGGACAAAUCUUCGUCUAUCUGGGACACACAAGUGGAUAGAAACAUAAUAGCAAACUUGUUGAUGAAAGAGCAGAUGAAAGAAUUGUUCAAAGGCUUUGUUAUUAUCUACGAUAUCCAGAGAAACAGCACAUUGAAUUAUAAUAAAGUCAGUAUACUGGAAGAGUCUUUCAAGCGAUCAAAGUUUGGACCUUGCCACUGGGACAAACAGAACACGAAUAAUAAUGUGUUUCCUAUACGAUUGGCUCUGAAGUGGCGUAACGUGGUGCUGGCAGAGGCUGUUGGAGAGAAUGAAAAUGGAUUGAAAACCAGAUUAGCACAAGCAGUGUUAAGCAAGUUGUCAGACUUCUCUAUAGGAAUUGAGGCCAAAUGGAGUUACUAUAGGGAUGGUAUAUUGUCGGAGAGAUUCGAGAACCCGAACCCCAGGAAAAACCAUAUUUAUAGGGUUUUACAGAGGUCCCAGUUCAAGGCGGUGGCAGAGAUCAUCAGUUACAUUGACACUUUCGCCAACUCUGACUCCUUCGCUGAGGUCAUCUUCAGCAUGGACUUUAGCAACCAAGAGAAAAAACAGCUGAUGGAGUAUAUUGACAAAUCCUGGUGUACAAAGCUAACUUAUAGAACAUUGUCCAAAUCUGGAGUUAAGAACACAAGUGAAUCUUAUGUAUUUGUUUAUCAAAUUCGUUCUGGCGAAGAGUUGCGGCAUUGGCUGGUACAAUCUGGUGGUGACAACGAUCGCUACAGGCUGGUCUCUCCGGGUAAACACAGGCGGCCAGGAUCUAGUGACCCCAAUGUUCGUGAAGUUUUAAGAACAAAUAUUGUCGAAACCCCGAAAGAGACUAGCAGGCCAGAAGAGAAGCAACCCAGUCAAAAUAUUCCACCGACAGUGAAAAUGGAUAAUAAAAAAGAAACAAACCAAAGACAGGAAGUAACACAACGAAAUGAACCUAAAAAUAUAGAGAAUGUAAAUAAAGAGAAGAAGAUUGAAGAGAAUGCACCUGGGAGAAAUAAGGAUUUUACUGACAGAAAUAAGACUUCUGGAAACAAGGUUUCUGAAAAAGAAAAUCUUAAGUCAGCCAAAGGUGAUGAAAAAGAUUUAGAAAAACUGCUGGAUGGGUUUGUUCUGUUUUAUGAUGCAAACAAGACAAGUGAAAUAGACAAAGAUGAUUGGUUUACAGCGUUGUGUGAGUCCUUCAAACUCUCUAAGUUUGGACCUUUAGAAGUGACCAGUGAAAACAUCAAACCUCUCAGGACGAGGUGUGUUUUCAAGUGGAAGGAUAUAGUAUUAGCUUCUGCUGAGGGACUGACGGAGACUCAAGCCAAAACUGCUGCUACUCUACAAAUAAUAACUAAACUGGAACCAUUCACAUAUAUUAUACAGGCAAAAGAAGAAUACUUUUGUGAUGGGAAGGUGCCUCAAUUCUUAGAGGACUCUGACCAAAGUAAAAACGACUUCUUCAGGUUGGUACGCAGAAAAGACCUGCCAAGCUAUUACACCAUAUUCCAAACUAUCGAUGAGUUUGCUCGUAGCCAAUCUCACGGAGAAAUUAUAUUUGGUCCUGACUUUACCUGGGAGCUCAAAAAUGAAAUUGCUGUGUACUUAAAAGCCAAGAACUUGAGUCACCGCUACUUUACAACAAAUAACCAAAAUCCCUGGACCCACAUGGCGGUUUAUCAAACUGUUAAACCAGAGGAGCUGAAGGACCAUCUACUGAAGAACGGAGGAGAGAAUCCGAAAUACAAGCUGAUACUACCCCCUAAGGCAGAGCCUAUAAAUGAGAAGACGUCAGAAAAACCAACUUCCAAAGAAACAGGGAAACCCCAAGCUCCAAGUUCAGUGAAAGCGUCUCCCGCAAAAGUGGUUGAGAAAAGAAAACAGCCAGUAGAACCUCCCUCAACUGAUACUGCAGAGGAAAUUGACCUUGACAGCAACAAGAUAACAAUCAAACUGAAGAAAUUUAAGGUUGACAAAGUUGACUACCCAGAAGACACCGGUGGUGAUUUCCCUGGACUCAUCAUAUGGAUAGGCAUCCGCAAGAACAGUGUUUGGGUUAAGAAUAUCUUCCAGAUUUUAUUAGAGUCUUUCAAAAUGUCCAAAUUCGGAGAGCUGCUGAUUGAAGAAUCAGAAGAAAAUGUGUGGGGAAGAAAAGAACCAUUCAAGAAAUGUAUCAUAAAGUCCAACCGCAAAGUUUUGGCAGUUGGGCUGGGAGAUAGCAAGACAGAGGCCAAAAACUCUGCUUCCCUGCAAGUCUUGAGGCAGUUACGGAAACACUGCUACACUAUACAGGCUAAAGAGAGUUACUUCAAGGAAGGAAAAGCAACUCCCUAUGAUUUCAAUCCAGACCCUGCUAAAUCCCACUUUUACAGGGUAGUGAAACGGAUAGCUUUCAAGGACAGAACUGCCAUGGUAAACCACGUCAAUGAAUUCGCUAAGAAAAAUCGUUCUGAGGAAUUGAUCUUCGGAGAUGAUUUCACCUAUGAUGAACGAGAACAUAUAUUGGACCACUGCCGCAAGAUUAACUUCAGCUAUCGGCUGAUGAAGUGUCAGUCAAUCAAGAACAUCCACACACACAUUGCCAUCUUCCACCAACAGCCGCCACCAGUAAUCAAGGCAGAGCUGAUGAAAUCAAGUGGUGAGAACGACAUGUACCGCCUCAUACCACCUGGCGAAAAAAUCACCAACCAGAAUAAUGAAGCAGAUAUGUGGCCUGAAACAAUAGAAAAUGAGAACAAAUCUCGAUCUUUACAAAUCCUAAAGUCUGAUUAUCAACCCAACGGACUGGAUUCCAAAAGUCAGCGAAGUGAGCUACAGCAACAAAAUAUGCCACAACAAACUCUACCACAGCAAAAUGAUAAACACACCAGAAUUUCUAUACCAAAUACAAUACCAUCUCUUAUAAAUAGAACUCCUGUCCAAGGUUCACUUUCUCCACAAAAGAGCAAUGAAAAGGGUAAUACUGCCCCAGCUGUCAAAACUGUGUUUAAAAAACCUGACGAGGGAAAAGUCUCUUCAAAUGUAUCACAAAACAAAACCAAUGAUCAAAAAGAAAAUGCCUCCGUUGUAAAGCCAAAUAAUGACAACAAUCCUUCACUUCAACCUAAAGACAAACCUACUACAACAAACAAACAAUUUGGUUCACAGAUAUCCCAAAAUAAAAAUGCUGGACAAAAGUCACAAAAUUCACUUAGCAAUCAACCAGUUGGACGUCAGCCACUAAACAAUCAACCAAUUGGACCUCAGCCACUAAGUAAUCAACCAAUUGGACCUCAGCCACUAAAUAAUCAACCAUUUGGACUUCAGUCGCUAAAUAAUCAAGCGUUUGGGCAUCAGCCACUUAAUAAUCAAGCUUUUGGGCCUUUAAAUAAUCAACUCCAACCUAACCAACCUUUACAAUUUGUACCUCAUCAACAAGAAGUUCAAUUUGGACCUCAGUCUCUUCUUGGUCCGCUUCCGUCUCUUCUUGGUCCCCAUCCACCCGUGUAUGGCCCCCAUUUCAUGGAUUCACCCUUACAAUUUGGGCCGAAUCCACCCACUUAUGUCCAACCAUUUCCUUGUGAGAUGGUUCCAUUAGUUAUGGAUCAACAAUUAUUGAAUCAGCCUCUGUCAAACUUUUGCCAAGUAGAAAAUAACUCAGUUCCACCAUCAGGUCAAACCCAGAUAUCGGUGCCAUCUGUUACAAUCACUGUGUCCAACAGUCCUCCGCCAAGGUCUGAUCUUAGAGAAGAAUUGUCUAAGAAACGUCAAAUCGAAAACCAUAGCAGAGGUACUAUUAUCGAGGAGAAAGACGAUUCUGAUGGUUGGUCAAGAAAAGUGUUUGUUGCCAAUGAAAAUGCUGACCAACGUGAGAAUACUAAUACGAGAAGAGUCAACGGUUCUCCUGUGCCUGGAAUGAACGAAGAUUCUCAAGACCUCAGGGAAAGGCUAAAAUAUAGAGAUUCUCGUAGAGAAACAAAGGGACCUGCAGAAUCUUCAUUCAGAAGGAAUUCACCUGAGAGAAAUAUAUCUAACCGAAAUCGUAGAUAUCCUCAAGAACAGCGUUACUCAAAAUAUAAUGAAGGAGGUAAUAAUCGAAGGUCCCCUCCUCUUGAUAAACGAAGGAUGGCUCCAAGAAACAAUCCUGACAGGGAUGGUUCCAGGGAGGGACGUAGAUUUAGAGACCCAUCACCAGAGCAGAGAAUUGUAAGGUGUAGAGAAGGUUCUUAUGAGAGGAGAGUCUAUCAUGAUCCAACAAGAGGCACUGGGAAAGACAGAGUGAGAGGAAGAUCGAGAUCUCGCUCUCCAAGAAGGCCGGUUAGGAGUCCCAGUCCUAUGGCUCAUUUCCGUGACCUAUGGGACAACAUUCCAGCUGUUGUAUCAGAAUCCAUCUUCAUGUACAAGUAUGUCAAGCAGGACAGUACGACCGAGAAGGAUCCUUACGCUCUGCUGAGAGCUACAAGAUCUCUCAAGUUCAACGUUGACUUUGAUUUUAUCAAGGAGCAAACUGCCAUCAAUGAGUGGUAUGUGAGUGUAGAGCUGAUCUCAGACCAGCACAAAUUUCACCCCCUGGUGGGGGAGGGAAUGGCGCGUACAAAGGAAGAAGCAAGCCUCAGAGCUGCAAAGCACGCUGUGGACACAGUACAGAAGGCCUGUCAAGUCAUUGAGCCAAAUUUGAGAUACUUUUGCGAGGGUGGAGAACCAGACUUUAUUAUCAACAAAAGUCCUAUGAAAACUUCCAUUUACGAGAUUAUCCAGAAUAUGAAUCCCGACACUCCAUUAACUCGUUAUACGAUAGAAAUUAUGUUCAAUGUGUUCUUAUCUUCUGACGUGGAAGACCUCUUUUUCUUGGCCACUGACUUUUCAUACAUGGAGAGAGUUUUAGUCAUAGAAGUUGCGACAAAGAUGAACCUGUGGUGGAGACUGUUUGGACCGCGACACCCCGAGGCGAGACAAGAUGACAUUGUGUCUACGCAGCACGUGUGUGUGUUCAAACAGAAGUCCGCCCUACAGCUCGUCAGAGAGCUGAUGGACAACAGAGGGUCGACUGACAAGUACACACUGGUCGACCCACGAGAGUAUCGGCUCACUCGCCCCAGAAAGUAUGAUCGCGACCUGCGGUGAAUUAUGUCCAAAUAUGUGAAUUACAUUAAUGUUGUCAUUUUAUGAGUGUACAUAAUAAAAUAAACAAAUAGAUUUUGAA